AUGGGAAAUUGUAAUAUUAAUGAAAAAAAAGAGGAUCUAAUUGAAAAUAAUGGUAUUUUGAAUAAAUAAGUAGUAAUGUCUGUUUAAAAUUUUUAAUUUAUUGAUGCUAUUGGAAGAGGGGGUUUUGGUAAAGUUUGGAAAGUUAGACAAAAGAAGAAUAAAUAGUUUUAUGCCUUGAAAGUGAUGUCAAAACCUAAGUAAAUUAUAAUGAGUUAUAUUAGGAUAAUAUCAAAGAAAUCUGUGUAAUCUGUUAUGAAUGAAAAAGCAUUGCUAUGUGGAUUAAAACAUAAGUAUGUAGAGAAAAUAAAAUAAGUUUUCUGAUCAAUAUGUAGAAUUCAUUUCAGGAUAGAGAAUAUUUGUAUUUAAUUAUGGAUUUACUUUCAGGAGGAGAUUUAAGAUAUCAUAUAGGAAGGCAUAGAAGAUUUAAUGAAGAACAAACAAGUAUUAGAAAUUGAUUCUAUAUAAAAAUAGAGUUUUUCAGUGCAUGUAUAAUAGUGGCAUUGGAAUAUUUACAUUAAUAAGGAAUAUUACAUAGAGAUUUAAAGCCAGAAAAUUUAGUGUUUGAUAGUAAUGGUAUUUAUAGUUCAUUCUUCAGUUAGGAUACUUGAGAUUAACAGAUCUUGGAAUAGCAAGAAUUUGGAAACCAGAAAACUCUUAAGAUACAAGUGGAACUCCAGGAUACAUGGCUCCAGAAGUAAUGUGUCGUAUGAUAUAAUAAAUUAUAUAUCUAAUAGGACAUAAUCAUGGAAUAGCAGUUGAUUAUUUUGCAUUAGGUGUGAUAGUAUAUGAAUGCAUGUUGGGAAGAAGACCAUAUUUAGGAAGAAGUCGUUAAGAAAUAAGGGAAUAAAUGUUAGCUAAGUAGGCAGCCAUAAAACGAUAAGAAAUACCUCCUGGAUGGAGUUUAGAGGCUGCAGAUUUUACUAAUAGAGUAUUUCAUUAUGAUAUAUGACUAGUUACUUUAAAGAAAACCAUAAAAUAGAUUGGGGAAUAAUGGACCUGAUGAAGUAAAGGAACAUCCUUGGUUUAAGGAUUUCAGUUGGGAGAAGUUGAUAAAUAAAGAGAUGAUUGCUCCUUUUAUACCUAAUGUAAGAAUUAUUUAAUGAUAAUUAUUAGGGAAAUGAAGACAAUUAUCUUCCAUCAGAUAGUAGAAGAGAUUCGGAUGAUUCAAUUAAUGAGGAUUAAUAGAUGAUGUUAAGAAGAAAUUCUAUAUAAAGUAAUAUAUAUGGAAAUAUCAUUGUUAGAUUUAUUUAAUGGUUAUGAUUUUGAUAAUAAUGUCAGUGUUUCAAGCAGUUAGAUUGCUAUUUCAAGUACUUCUUCAUCUCGAGUCACGAAAUAACCAACAACUACUACAACACCUAAAUCAGCAAAAUUGGCCUAAAAGCUUAAAAAUUGA